AUGCUAGGUCCUCCACAGAGAUGCGCCGCUGUUGUUGUCGGUGCCGGUCCGGCUGGGUUGGCUGUCGUGGGGACUCUGCUUGAGAAGCAACUCGGAGACAUUGUCUGGGUCGACCCUUGUUUCCAGGGCGGCCGUGUAAAUCGGAAAUAUCGUGAAGUCCCAAGCAACACCAAAGUGGCACUGUUCCAAGCGUUUGCAACCGCAGUACAGCCAUUUCGGUCUGUUAUCAAUGGCACUCGUAUUCCCAAUGCUUUUACCACUAUGGCCAAGCUCGACCAGGACAAACCCUGCCAUCUCCAUCAUGCGGCAGAUGUCGUUCGAGCUUUGACCGAUGGAAUUGUAAAGACGGAGCAGGUGCAUACCUGCCGCGGCCAUGUCAUCUCUGCCAAUCUAGACUACACACGUUCGUGGACUGUGCGCAUCCGGGAGGCUGACUCUGUCGGUGAAGUUGAAGUCACGGCGUCUCGUUUCAUCCUCUGCACUGGAUCGUCGCCGACGGAAGUCCCUAUCCCAGUCCAAGGAGGCAAUGUACCCAGACUCAACCUUGACGUAGUCCUGAAGCCAAGUGAGCUGGCCUCGACUCUUCCUCAAAGCUCGCCAUGCACCGUUGCAGUAAUUGGCGCUUCACAUAGUGCCAUUUUGGCCUUGCUCAAUCUCUUCGACUUGGCUCGAACCUCCCAUCCCAAGCUUCGCAUUAAAUGGUUCACCCGCCAUCCUCUUCGGUAUGCAGAAUACAUGGACGGCUGGAUCCUCCGAGACAACACUGGUCUUAAAGGCCGUGCCGCUGAUUUCGCCCGCCAACAGCUGGAGGACAAUGUACUUGCGACUUCCGAAGCGGGCCGAUUCAUCACCAAGAUCAACUGUGCUGGUGGUCAAAGUAAAGAGGCGGCACAGUAUGAACGCAAUCUCCCCUCAUGCGCAUACCUCACCCAAGCCAUCGGGUAUACCCGGGACCCGCUCCCGGAGUUAUCCAUUGACAGGUCGCCCCUGCUCUCCGAAGACCUCAAAUGGGAUUCGAGUUUUGGUGGCUUCACAGACCGCAGUAAUGCAAUCAUUCCUGGCCUCCACGGUGCGGGCAUUGCGUUUCCUGAGCGUGUCGUCGACCCCUGCGGUAAUGUAGAGCAUGCCGUGGGAUUCUUCAAGUUCAUGAAGUUCCUUAAGCGAGUUUCUCCUCAAUGGGUAUAA